AUGACAACAACUAUGGCUGCGUCCUGCUCGUUGGUGUGUUGUGGAGAGGAGAGAGAUUCCGACAAAGCUGUUAUUGUCCGCUUUUCAAACGGCAGCGUCAAAAAUGCAGACACACUGCAUUUCACGACGUACAAGAACGCAGAUGAGAAUAACCCGAGGAAGAAGAGCAGACGGAUGUUGGUUGCUGAAUCAGACAGAUUGUCCUAUGUUGGAACUAAUUUUGGAGCGGGGUCCUUGAAAUGCAACAACCUUUGCCGAUAUUAUGUAGGAGUGUUGAACAGGCAGACCAUGCAAAUGGAGGUGCACAAUGCUCAGCUCUUCAACAUGCAACCUGAUAUACCAGGAGAGACAACAGAGACUGCAAAACCCCAGGACACUACUCAGACAUAUAGAGAUAAGGUUGACUCUUUGAUUGAGGCAUUUGGCACCAACAAACAGAAGAGAGCUCUGAGCUCCCGCAGGCUGAAUCAGGUGGGCAGUGACACCCUGCAUCAAGCAGUGGCUAAAGCUGCCAACACUGUGAUUGACCAGAAGGGACUAGAAGCUCUACAACAGGAAGUGGCUGAGACAGAGUCCCAGGAAAAUGUUGCUAUCCACCUGCCUCCCUGCAAUGCAGACGCUGACAGACCUGAGAAUGUCUACCUAUAUGAUGAUCUUUUGAGUCCAGUCGAGUUAAAUGCUUUGGAGCAGGCUGGUUCCAAGAUGGCGGCGCUCACCACUGAGGAGCUGCAGAAGAUGAGAGAUGACGGAGGGUGCUUGUGUGUUGUGAAGAUCCUGGAGAACAUGCCAACUGUUGAUGAAACCAGAGAUAAAAUAUCACGCAACGCCUUUUACCUUUCUCUGCUCCUCAAAAUGGCCCGACAGAAAAGCAUCACCCGCAAGUUUGGGCAGGAAGAAGGCUGUCCUCGUAUUAUUCAGAGCAAACUGUUGAGAACAUUCACUGUGGAGACUUUCAACAAUGGCAGGGUCCAGAACAUGGUGUCUUCAUCAAUGCGUGCAAAAUUAGCAGCCUACUCUCUGGCCCUGCUGCUGCACGUGGGUCACAUGACCGCUGAUCUUACAUUACUUCAUCGUGACUUGGGAAUUAGUGAGGCCAGGAUGACUGAAGUAGCAAAGUCAAUGGGACUGACCCUAAUAAAACCAGCCCGGGGGAAGUCUAACGAGGAUGGCCUGCGAGAUGAACACAGGCACGCCUCCCUUGUUCUACCUCUGGUAAAAUACGAUCAGUUCACGGAGAGACGGAAACGCAAGAAAAUGCACUGAAGAUCGAGAUAAGAAAAGACAAGAAUCGGAUACAGAAAUCUCACAAACAAGAACAGUUUAAUAAUGUAUUUUGUAGACAAAUAAAGUGGAGAACUUUGAGUUG